AUGUCAUUUUUACAAAAUUUUCAUUUAAGUCCAGGACAGACUAUACGUUCUACAAGAGGUUUCAAAUGGAAUACUGGAAAUAAUGAUCAACCACAGGAUCAAAGCCAACUAAAUGGUCAAGGUUCUCCUUUGGUUAAUAAGGGACAAUCGGAAUAUAAUUCUAAUUCUAAUUUUAUGACCACCCCUGUAAAACAAAGAGGUGGAAACAAUACAUCUUUAUUUAAUGCCCCUCUGGAUCAACAACAGCAACAACAAGUCACCGAUUUCAAUUAUACCCCUUCACAUCAAAAACCGUUUAUACAGCCCGUAUCAGGAACUACAGUAACAACUCAUCAAGAUAUUAAGGAAAUUGUAGAGACUACUCUAGGUUCUGAAGGUGUUUUAAAUCAGGCUGUCAAAUUACCAAAGGGUGAAAAUGAAAAUGAAUGGUUAGCUGUUCAUGUAGUGGAUUUUUACAAUCAAAUUAAUAUGUUGUACGGUACAAUUACUGAAUUUUGUUCACCUGAAUCAUGUCCAAGAAUGAUUGCUACCAAUGAAUAUGAAUAUUUAUGGUCCUUUGAAAAAGGUAGAUCUCCGGUUUCUGUUAGUGCUCCAAAAUAUGUUGAAUGUUUGAUGAGGUGGUGUCAGGAUCAAUUUGAUGAUGAAUUAAUAUUCCCAAGUAGGAGGGAUGGUGUUUUCCCUGAUAGAUUUAUUGACAAAGUUAUUAUUCCAAUGUUAAGAAGGUUGUUUAGAGUAUAUGCUCAUAUAUAUUGUCAUCAUUUCAAUGAGGUUCUUGAAUUGAAUUUACAAACUGUGUUAAAUACUAGUUUUAGACAUUUUUGUCUAUUUGCACAAGAAUUUAAUUUAUUACGUCCCUCAGAUUUUGGACCUUUAUUAGAAUUGGUUACAGAAUUAAGAGAUAGGUGA